AUGGCACCGGUGAUUAACGGACGUGUCCUCUUCAACUCCAUCCCCGAAGGUACUUCCAUCUCCUACCCCCCCCCCCCACACACCCACCAUGUGGUUUACCUGAUCCCCAGGUUUCCCGUCCCCAGCGAGACGGUCGUCUACGACACCUCCGAGACUAUCGACCCAGACGGCGGCUUCCUGCUGAAGACCCUCGAGCUGUCCAUCGACCCAUACUUGCGCGGUCGGAUGCGGGACUCGAAGGUCGCGUCGUACCUCCCGGCGUUCGAAGUGGGCGAACCGUUGGUGAGCCACGGAGUCGGUGUCGUCCUCAGGUCCGAAUACCCCGGGAUCAAGCCCGGGGACCACCUCUACGACGGGGUCGAACACAAAGAGUACACGAUCCGCAAAGACCUGAACCACCUCUCCGUCAUCGAGAACCCAUACAACAUCCCCUGGUCAGCCUUCAUCGGCGUGCUAGUGAUAUAUUUACGCAUGACUGCGUAUAUGGGAUGGAAGGAAAACUCCCGCGCGAAGAAGGGCGAAGUCGCGUUCAUCACCACCGGUGCUGGCCCCGUCGGCUCCCUCGUCAUCCAACUCGCCAAAGCCGACGGCCUAAAAGUCAUCGCCUCAGCCGGGUCCGACGCCAAGAAGACCACCAGUGUACCCGAAGUGUUGGCGAAGGAAGGCCCGAUUGAUAUAUAUUGGGAUAAUGUCGGCGGGAAGACGCUCGAAGCUGCGCUUGAUAAUGCGAAUAUCCGCGCUCGGUUCAUCGAAUGCGGCAUGAUCACAGGGUACAACACGGGCUACGAGCCCAUCCGCAACCUCGGCCUAAUCAUCGGAAAAACCAUCAGCAUGAACGGCUUCCUCGUCUCGCACCUCGAGCCCACCUACAUCGACCAAUUCUACAGAGAGCUCACGCCGAAAGUCGCCAGCGGGGAGAUCAAGUACCGGGAGCAUGUAUAUAGCGGCCUCGAGAGCGUCGGAGAGGCGAUAUUGGCUGUGCAGAAGGGCGAGAAUAGGGCGAAGGCGGUGGUUCAUGUUGCGGACGACUAG